AUCCAAGCAGGAAGUUUUCUGCAUGGGUGGAAGUGAAAUAAUUGCUGCACGGUACUGCAUACAGGUUACUUCCAAACAAACAAACACAAAUAGAUUUACGGAUUUUUCCUGCUCACCCACAAAUCAUCUCUUAGCAGGAAAUUACUUGUAGUCCAAAUUUCCCAACAGGAUGCUAUUAAAAUGAUGACCCUCCCUACUUGUUCCAAGUACAAAUAGUCGCCCAAAAUCUAUCUAGAUUCAGUGUAAGUCAAAUAAAGUUAGAACAAUGACUGCAGUUAUUGCGACUGUGAGAAUUGGCAUACUUCUGGCAGCUCUUUGUUGCUUGACCCCUUCACAUGUUAGGGGCUAUGUGAGCGAGGCUGGACAAGAAGUUCUGAUGAAGAUGGUGUAUGAUCUGCAGAAAGACAUCAUAGAUGAUAAGAAAAAACUGGCACACCUGGACAUGGUGACCCAGGAACUGCAGGAGGAAAACAAAAUGUUGAAGGAAAAAUUGAAAGAUUUUCGCAAAAGGGAAGAAAAACCAGUUGAAGGGCUCAACAAAACUCUGAUAAGGUACAGAAGGCAGAUCCAAAAUUCUCCUGGAGCAGGUGGAGCAACAUAUGUGAGAUGGGGCAGAACGGUAUGCCCAAGUGGUGCCGAAAAGGUAUAUAAUGGUGUGGUCGGUAGUUCUUGGUACGACCACAAUGGAGGUGGUGCCACCUAUCUAUGUCUUCCUCAUGAUCCUCAGUGGGGGACUGUCACUGAGGGCUACCAGUCAAAAUCUUACAUGUACGGAGUGGAAUUUGAAAUGUAUAACAAUGACCCCUUCCUCAAAACCAACGUGGAUAGAAAAAUCACCAGUUUGCAAGACCACACAGCAGUCUGUGCUGUCUGCCGCAUCCCAACAAGGACCAGUCAAGUGAUGAUUCCAGCCAAAAUGGACUGUCCAGCUAGCUGGACCAAGGAGUAUGGAGGCUACUUGAUGUCCUCUCAUCACACGCACAAAAAAUCAGAUUUUGUCUGUGUCGAUAACGCCCCAGAGGUUAAUGACGGGGGUGUUGGGAAUCAAAAUGGUGGACUUUGGUAUAAUGUUGAAGCGGCUUGUGGUUCUCUCCCCUGUCCUAGCUAUGGUGAUGGGAAAGAACUCACAUGUGUAGUGUGCACUAAAUAGAACUGCUGAGUAUAUUAGCCUUAAAAUCUAAAAAAAUUACUAUAAACAGGUAGAGAUUUAACAAGGACAGACAGUUUUAUAGUUUUGUCUGCUUCGAGUAUGAUUAAAUCAUGAUCAAGAAGUAUAAUCCAUGGAAGCAACUGUUUACUAGAGUUGAUUAUGAACUUACAUGCAAUGUGUGAUCUAAGAAUAUUAAUGACUCAAUCUUUUUUCAAUGGGGAAAAUUUUGAAUU